AUGCAAGAAAUCGAGACACAACCUGAGCCUGAGGCUCAGUCUCAAGCAACCCCACCGUCAGUUCACGACGAUGUACACCCAGCCCAUGGUGGCUUGCCCGGAAGCCAACCACCGUUCUUACGGCUACCGUUGCCGAAACUGGGACUGCGUCAAAAGCUGAAAGCGAAGUGGCGCAAAAGGGAGCAGCAGCCAUCAGAAGACGAGCAGCAGCCUGACGAGCAAGAAUUCUAUCAGGAUGAGCCAGUACAGGGCAUUGGAGACGAGGCAGACGAAGAAGUCACUGCUGCAAGCGUUCUUCUUAGUCGACCCUCGCGGUCAGGCAGCGAAAGUGAUUCGCAUGUGGAUGACGAGGGUUCUAACCGCUGGUGGGAGAUAAGUCCACCGGUGCUAAGAAGGGCAGGCCGUUUUGUGCCUAUGAUAGGAUUCCACCACGUACUCAUGUUCAUCACUAUGGUAGCAAUCAUUUUCCUGUCACUCGUUGUCGCAGGUUGCUCGUCGCAAUCCAUGCACAACAUUUAUAUUCUCGAGCUAUCCUAUGUUCAGUCCACCAAUUCCAGCAUGAGAAGUGGAGAAGAGGUCUCAUCCCCCUCGUUCUACUCGCUGGUUGCCAAUGUCAGCUCAACAGGAGACCUUGUCGCCCGGGUAGGGUAUUUCGGGAUAUGUAUGGCAACAAAUGUAGACGGGCAGUUGACUGGCUGGAUCUGCCAGUCAAGUGCAAAGACCCUAGCAGUGGUUAUCAAUGCAUCGAACGACCCGCUCAAUGUACUGGCAGUUGCAGACAACUUCCGGGAUCAAGUCAUUGUCUCCAUGAUGAUCAUCAUAUCAAUAGUCCUGCUCUUCCUCAGCAUCUGUACCAUGGCUUUAUUCCCAGGAGGGCACGACGGAGUGGAUGAAUCGGGAAGUAUAAUCGUUGAGGUGGCGCCUUUUCCUUCGCGCCCUCUGACCCAGCUUGUUCUGGCAUUCCAGACCCUCGCAGCACUAGUUUUGAUCACUGCAAUACUAUGGCAGCAUAUAGCCGCGGUGGCGCAGGCUGCCACAACAGAGGCGGCAUUCGGCGGUGCCGUCACGGGCGGCGUGGGUGAUGUAGCAAUGGGGUUGGGCUGGGGAGCUCUCGCGGCAAAUCUACUGGUAGUCUGCGGGGUUGGUGUCAUGAUUUUGAGUUUGAAGUUACUGAGACGGUUAAGCGAUGAGGAACCUUGA